AUGAUCGUCCCCCGCUGGAAAUACAUUGGUAUCGCCGGUGCUACGGUCUUUAUUCUGCAUCUCCUCGCCUCCAUACACCCUACCUACCGUGCCAACACUACCCCCUUCAAGCUCAACCUCCUCCCGCAACCAGACUCGUGGUCCGGUGGGGCACCACCCGCAUCUGCUGUGGUCGACAGCGAGAUCCUGAAGGGAAAUGAUGCCGCUUUGGAGGGCAGGAGAAAGGCCAAUGCUGUCUUUGUUGUUCUCGCGCGAAACUCCGAUCUCUGGCCGUUCCUCGACUCUAUGCGACAGAUGGAGGACCGAUUCAACCACUGGGCCCGAUACGACUAUGUCUUUUUGAACGAAGAGGAAUUCACCGACGAGUUCAAGAGGUACACCCAAUCUAUGACCAAGGCCAACUGUUUCUACGGCAAGAUCGAGCCCGACCACUGGUACCAGCCCGACUGGAUCGACGAGGACAAAGCUACCAAGGCCCGAGAGGAGAUGAUCCGCAAAAAGGUCAUCUACGGUCACUCUGUUCCUUAUCGAAACAUGUGCCGAUUCAACUCUGGCUUUUUCUACCGUCAUCCCCUCCUUGCCAACUAUGACUACUAUUGGCGAAUUGAGCCCAGCGUCAAGUUCUUCUGUGACCUCGCCUAUGACCCCUUCCUUGUCAUGCAGGACGAAGGCAAGGUUUACGGCUUUACCAUCUCGCUCUUUGAGUACAUUGAGACUAUUCCUACCCUUUGGGAUGCCACCAAGGAAUUCAUUGCCAAGCACCCCGAGUACAUCCCCGAGGGUAACGGCAUGCAAUUCCUCAGUGACGACGGCGGCGAGACUUACAACAAGUGUCACUUCUGGUCCAACUUUGAGAUUGGAGACCUCAACUUUUGGCGAGGCCAAGCAUACUCUGAAUACUUUGAGCACCUCGACAAGAGGGGUGGAUUCUACUACGAGCGAUGGGGAGAUGCGCCUGUGCACUCUAUCGGUGCAGCUCUCUUUGCCAAGAAGGAACAGAUCCACUUCUUUGACGACAUUGGAUACAGGCAUGAGCCUUUCCAGCAUUGUCCCCAGGGCGAUGCGCACACCAGGGGUCACUGCUGGUGUGACCAGUCCAACAACUUUGACUGGGAGUGGUGA